CAUUUGACGUUCUCAUGGCUAGAGUGGAGAAUAGGAUUCCUGACGAUUUUUGUAAUUCUGUGCAAUUCUAGUUUUGAAAUAACAAGAAAAUACGCUUUACACAGCCAUGCGGCGAAGUAAGGCCGAAGUGGAACGCUAUAUUUAUUCAGUACAGAGUUCCUCUCCUUCACUCAAAGAGAAACCAAUUAAAGGAUUUUUAUUUGCUAAAUUAUACUUCGAGGCUAAGGAGUAUGAACUUGCUAAAAGACAUGUUUCGGAAUAUCUGACAGUGGCUGAGAGAGACCCCAAAGCACACAAGUUCCUGGGCCAGCUUUAUGAGAGGGAAGGAGAUAUCAACAAGGCCGUAGGAUGUUACAAGCGGUCUGUGGACCUGAACCCAGCCCAGAGGGACCUGGUUUUGAAGGUGGCUGAGCUGCUCGUCAGUAAGACAGAGCGAGACAGCAGAGCAGAGUUCUGGGUGGAGAAAGCUGCCAAGUUGCUGCCUGCAAAUCCUGCUGUCUUCAACCUCAAGGAGCGGCUACUGAAUCGACAGGGCCAGCAGGGACGGAACCAGUUGUUUGACCUGCUGCAGGCAGAGCUGGCUAUGAGACCUGGCGAUGCCCAUAUCAACAUAAAGCUGGUUCAGCUGUUCUCCUCUGAUGGCAGGCUGGAGGAGGCUGUCAAACACUGUCUGGCUACAGAGAAGAGAGGCCUUCUUAGAUCCAGCUUGGACUGGUACUCUACUGUAGUACACACUCUACAGGAUUUCCUAGCCCAGCCCAGUGUUUCAUCCAAUGAGAAGAUGAGUAGACAUCUGCAGAGAGAGCUACUUUUGGCCCACUGCAGCCUGCUGAGACUGACCCUGUCGGGAAAAGGACUGCAGCCUAGCAUCAAGGCCCUUGAGAGUUUUGACUGUGCGAUGCAGGGCCUGAAGAAGACAGCGGGCAGUGUAACAGAUGAUCUGUCUGAGGUCUAUGUGGAGAUGAGGGGACAUCUGUACCUGCAUGCUGGCACUCUGCUGCUGAAGAUGGCUCAGGAAAGAGAACAGCAGUGGAGGGCUGUCAUUGACCUGGCUGCUCUCUGCUAUCUAUUGGCUUACCAGGUCCCAGGUCCGAAGAGCAAGGUGACUAAAGGGGACCAGUCUUCUCUUCAGCAUCUGGAGCUGCUGGCCAGUGACAGACAGAGCCAGGCUGGACACAUGCUGCUUAACCUCAAUCCUGACACUCAUACCUUUGUUAGAGAGGUGGUGGAGGCGUUUGGUAACCGUAGUGGUCAGGGCUCUCUGUUUGAGCUUUUGUUUGGGCUUCAGGCUCCGGCCGGUACUUCCUUCAUCGGCAACGACGACAUCCGCUCCAUCAACACACAGGCUCCAGCGAUAUCUGACCUCAUCAAACGGGACAACGGCUCCAUCCAGCUCAAAGGAGGUGACCUUCAGCAGCUGUGUUGGCUGGGUCUCCAGUGGUCUCUCAUGGCCCGGAGGCCUGCUCUGAGGGACUGGCUCAAACAGCUGUUCCCCAGGCUCAUCCUGGAGACCUCCAAACUGGACACCAACACACCUGAGUCCAUCUGCCUGCUAGACCUGGAGGUGUUCCUGUGUGGGGUGGUGUGGUGCAGUCACACCCAGCUCCAGGAGAGGGCCAGGAUCACUUCUACUGGUCAACAGCAACUCCAUGAGCCCCGCUGCCUGCCCCUGCCCCUCCUCCGCCUCCUCUCCACAGACAGACAGAGGGAAUGGUGGGACGCCGUCUACAGCCUCAUACACAAACAAGCUGCGCCUGGCAUGUCAGCCAAACUGAGGAUGACUGUUCAACAUGGACUAAGCACCCUUCGAGCUGGAGAGAAACAUGGCCUUCAACCAGCCCUGCCCAUACACUGGGCCCAGCACCUCAGCUCAACGGGGGUUGGUGUGAACUCCUACUAUGACCAGAAGGAGUACAUAGGGCGUAGUGUCCACUACUGGAAGGUGGUGCUCCCCCUGCUGGACAAGAUCAAGCAAAGGCGCAGCAUCCCUGAACCCCUGGACCCCCUCUUCAUACACUUUCCCUCUAGAGACAUACAGAUCCCAUCAGUGAAGGGCUUUGAGGAGGAGGCCAUGAUAGCAUUUGCAACCCUCUUGGAUGUCGAGGGGAGGACUGAGGAGGCUAUUACUACUCUGGAGACCAUCAACAACAUCUCAUCUAACUGGCACCUAGCUAGGAUCUUCCAGCGUCUGUCUGAGGAGGCUGGUAGUGGGGUGGAGGAGACUCGGGACAGGUGUGUCAUGUUCCUCAGGAAGUUCAGAACUUACCUGUCCAAGAUCUACAAUGCCAAUGCUGACGACAUGGACAAGCUGCCCGUCUCAAUGGAAGAGGUGAUGGAUCUCCUGAACGAUGUGAACCAGCAGCUAGGGGAGAUUGGAGAAGCGAUGGAUGAAGAGGGCAGACCGGUCCACUUCAGCCCUCAGUUUACUGAGCCUGCUGCCUCAGUCGCUCACAUCAAAUUCUCCCCUUUAACCCCUUCCCCCAGCAAGAGCUUUGUCCCUUCCUCCAAAAUACACAUGACACCACCUCAUUGGGCGGAGCACCAGAAGUCCCUCCUGCAGAUGCUCUGCCAGCAGGUGGAGGCCCUUAAGAAUGAGGUCCAUGACCUGAGACAUAACUCGUCAGACAGCAUGGCGUCACCCCACCAAAGGAUGUAUGGAGAUGGGUAUGGGGCUGAGAGCAUGCAGGAGGGCUACCCCCCAACACAGACCUUCCAUGUAGCACCCCUCACCGUUGCCACCACACAGGCCCCAUCUAUGUAUUUCAAUCAAUCCCCUGCUUAUAACUCCGGACAGUAUCUCCUUCGUCCUGCAGCCAAUGUUACCCCAACAAAGGCUCCUGUGUAUGGAGUCAACCGCCUGCCACCCCAGCAGCACAUGUAUACCUACCAGCAGCCCACUAACACUCCUCCCCUGCAGUCAACACCAGCCUGCAUCUACCCUCCUCAAGACCAGGUCUUCGGCACCCCCCUCCACUUCGAGUCACCAGCAACCAGUCUACUCUCCCCAUACAGCGAGGAAUACUACGGCCACUCUCAGCCCACCACCAACCCUCCCCUCCCUGAGCCUGGCUACUUCACCAAGCCCUCAGUCGUACCUGUCCAACCACCAAAGAGCAUUGAGGGGAAGCCUGUGGACUUUGGGAAGAUCGCCUUUGGCCAGCAGGUCCCUGCUGAGCCUCUUAAGGUGCCUGGCUUUGGUGCUGGAGUAGUAGCCCAGUCCACUCCAUCAUCUGCUGCCUUUAAAUUCAACUCCAACUUCAAAUCCAAUGAUGGGGACUUUACCUUCAAAGCCAAAAACAGUGAGAACCUGUUGGGGCUUCUGACAUCAGACAUUCCCACCAAAUCAGAGGGCCCCUCAGAGGUUGAGCCUCCUAGCCAGGGAGGGAUAUUUAGCUUUGGCACUAAAAGUGUGGCAGGCUUCUCCUUCAGUGAUGCAGCCCAGAGUCGGGACAAACCAAACCUGUUUGAAAAAAUUGAACAGCCAUUUAGUUUCACUGAUCAGACCAAGCCGGUAUUUGGGCUGGAAAACACAGCGGUGGAGAAAGGACCGGAGAGCGAUAACGACAGCACACAUGUGGAGGAGGAUGAGGAUGGGCCUCACUUUGAGCCCAUUGUGCCCCUCCCUGACAAAGUAGAUGUGAAGACUGGAGAGGAGGAAGAAGAGGAGAUGUUCUGUAACAGGUCCAAGCUAUUCAGAUUUGAUGCAGAGACAAAGGAGUGGAAAGAGAGGGGGAUCGGCAUAGUCAAAAUCCUAAAGCACAAUACAUCAGGGAAAGUGCGUCUGCUGAUGAGGAGGGAGCAGGUUCUGAAGAUCUGUGCUAACCACUACAUCACGCCAGAUAUGCUCCUGAAACCAAUUGCUGGCUCUGACAAGUCCUGGGUUUGGAAUGCCAUUGAUUAUGCAGAUGAGGAACCAAGGCCUGAGCAACUGGCCAUCCGGUAUAAAACGGCAGACGAGGCAUUGCUCUUCAAAACAAAGUUUGAAGAGGCUCAGAAGAUAGUUCCCAAAUCUCCAGAAAAGCAGCAAGAUCAGCCAGAUAGGAAAGCAACUUCUCCUAAUUCAUCUGCUCCUCAGGUGACAAACUUUGCUGCCCAGUUUGCAAUGAAGGACGGGGAGUGGCACUGCAAUGUGUGUUAUGUAAGAAAUGCUGCUACAAUUAUGCAGUGUGUUGCCUGUCAGACUGCCAACCCUAAUUCCCUGUCAGAGACGGACAACAAACUGGCUACUGAAACCAAAGGCUUUACUAGUGGGGCAGCUUCAGUGAGAGGAUUUACUUUUGGAUUUGGAGCUGACUCAUCAAAAGACACCAGCAGCGCAGGAUCUAUUGGAAAGGGAUUUGGGGCUUUUGGAGCUCAGAUACCCUCCUCCUUUACAUUUGGAACCAGUGGCACCACUUCUAUACCUGUUGCUGGUUUUGGAGCCCAGUUUGGUAAGAUUAAAGAAACCACAGCAGAAGUAGCAGCAGAAUCAAAGCCCUCAACCAUGCCAUUUGGCUCUGGAUUUGGUGCCCAGUUUGGCAAAAAGCCAGGGCAGUGGGACUGUGAUGUGUGUGCUGUAAGAAACCAGGCCUCCUCAAACAGUUGUGUUUCUUGUCAAACUCCAAACCAUGCAGCCAAAACUGUUGUAGAUAGAGCAGCAGCAUCAAAGCCCUUAAACAAUCCAUUAGGUUCUGGAUUUGAUGCCCAGUUUAGCAAAAAGCCAGGGCAGUGGGACUGUGACGUGUGUGCUGUAAGAAACCAGGCCUCCUCAAACAGUUGUGUUUCUUGUCAAACUCCAAAUCCCUCAGCAAAAUCAACAGUUGAGGUAGCACCACCACCAAAGCCAACAGUGUCGGGAUUUGGUGAUCUUUUUGCUAAGAGGGACAGACAAUGGGACUGUGACACCUGUCUUGUGAGGAAUGAUGCAUCAGUUUCUAAGUGUGUUUCCUGCCAGACACCCAAUGCUAGCAGCACCUCCUCUCUUGGGGCCAUGUUUGCCAAACAGGGGGGACAGUGGGACUGUGACACAUGUCUAGUCAGAAACGACAGCUCUGCUAGUCAAUGUGUCUCCUGUCAGACACCCAACACUAAGAGCACAGCCACCCCCUCCAGCUCAUCCUUCAGCUUUCGCUUUGGGAGUCAAAGUACAUCUACUCAGCCUGUAGGCAAUGUGUUUAAAGCAAACUUCAACAGUGACAGCUCUUUUCAGUUUGGCACAAGCAAAGUUGAUACAGGUGCCCCUGCAUCCUUCAAGUUUGAGACCCCUCAGGCUGAAAGCAGUGGCUCCAGUGCUGCAGGCUUCUCUUUCAAUAUGCCCGUCCCAGCAGGUGGCUUUAAGUUUGGCACUCAAGAAACGGCAAAGGAAACCCCACCAGAUGAAACUCAGACUCCUGCUUCAGGGUCUGCGUCCAUGUUCCUGAAGAAUAUCGCAGAGCAGCACAGAGAAAAAGAGAAGGAAUCUAGCGUUGGUAUACCUGCAUCAGUGCCUUCAUUGGACAACACCGAUGAGAAUGGCAAACCCAAUGACUUCAGUUUUGCAGAUUUGGCUAAGAACUCACAAGGAGACUUCAAGUUUGGACAGACAGAUUCCAAUUGCAAAGACUUCAGCCACAGUGGCGAGCAGCUGUUCACAUCCCUUCAGUCAAACCAGUGGGCAGACACUUCCGCUGACCAGGAUGAAGAGGAUGUAUACAAAACAGAAGAGAAUGACGAUAUCCAGUUUGAACCUGUGGUCCAGAUGCCUGAUAAAGUGGACCUGGUCACAGGAGAGGAGGAUGAACAGGCCCUUUACUCACAGAGAGUAAAGCUCUUCAGGUUUGACGGAGACAUCAGCCAGUGGAAGGAGAGGGGUGUUGGAGUCCUCAAGUUCCUGAAGAAUGCCACCAACGGCAGGCUGAGGGUGCUGAUGAGGAGAGAGCAGGUCCUGAAGGUGUGUGCCAACCACUGGAUCACCACCACCAUGAACUUGAAGCCCUUGGCUGGUUCCGACAAAGCUUGGAUGUGGCUUGCUAAUGACUUCUCAGAAGGAGAUGCCAAACUGGAGCAACUCGCUGCCAAGUUUAAAACCCCUGAGCUGGCUGAGGAGUUCAAGCUUAAGUUUGAGGAGUGUCAGAGGCUCCUGUUGGACAUCCCACUGCAGACUCCUCACAAGCUUGUUGACACAGGCAGAACUGCACAUCUCAUCCAGAAGGCAGAGGAGAUGAAGUCCGGUCUGAAAGACCUUAAAUCCUUCCUGACUGAUGACAAAACAAAGAUCAAGGAGGACGACAGCCAAGCUAACAUCACAACAGCCAGUAACACCUCAGGUCUGAUCAUCAAGCCCCACGUGGAGAGCACUGGGCCUACCUUAGAAUGGGACAACUAUGACCUGAGAGAGGAGGCUCUGGACGACAGUGCUGACACAUCUGUCUACACCUCACCCCUAGCAAGCAGCCCAAUCAGGAAGAACCUCUUCUGCUUUGGAGAAUCCACAGCUGGCUUUAACUUCAGCUUCCAGCCUGUCAUCAGUCCAACCAAGUCACCGGCCAAGCUGAACCAGAGCGGGGUGUCUGUGGACGAGGAGCAAGACGUGACCCAGGAGGAGGAGAGGGAUGGCCUGUACUUUGAGCCUGUGGUUCCCCUGCCAGACCUGGUGGAGAUCUCUACUGGAGAGGAGAAUGAAAAUGUGUGUUUCAGCCACAGAGCAAAGCUGUACCGCUAUGACAAAGACCUGAACCAGUGGAAGGAGAGGGGCAUUGGAGACCUUAAGAUACUGCAGAACUACGACACCAAACGAGUCAGACUCCUCAUGAGGCGGGACCAAGUCCUGAAGAUCUGCGCCAACCACUGGGUGACGUCUUCUAUGAAGUUGGAGCCCAUGAAGGGUGCUGAGAAGGCCUGGGUCUGGAGUGCCAUUGACUUUGCUGAGGUAGCUGAGGGAAAUGUGGAGCAGUUAGCAGUGCGGUUUAAACUGCAGGAUGUGGCCAACUCUUUCAGAGACAUCUUUGACGAGGCUAAAACCGCCCAAGAGAAUGAGAUUCUGGUCACUCCCAUAGCCUCAUGUGAGACCCUUCCUCAGGAGGUAGCAACAGCUCCAGGGAUGACAGUGUGUGGACAGGCUGCUGUGGCCAUCCUGGAGGAGACCACCAGAGAACGGACAGAGCUGACUUCUGAGACUUUCCACACCCCUGACAGCAAGGCCUCCACUUCCACACCACACAGCCCUCUCAACCCCUCUAAGAUGGUGAUGUCUCCUCCCAAGUUCCUCUUCGGAACCGACUCUCUCCAGAAGAUCUUUGGCAGCAGCCUCCUGUUGUCCAAGGAGGAUGGUUCUUCAGAAAGCUCCAAGGCUAAAGACAGCGGUUGGACCUCCCAGUCCUCACCUGCAUUCAAAAUCCCAGAAAAGGGAUUGGAUUUUAGGCUUUUCAAAGAUAACCCAAUGGCUUUUUGGACCAGCACCUCAUCCACCCAAUUUGAGCCCCCAGCACCCCCCCAGGCAAGGGCUGAUGAUGACAGUGAGGUGGAGGUGGUGUACGAGAGGCAGCCGACUGCGGAGCAGGCUGCUUUGGCCAGGGAACUCUUGCUGCCUCUCACCUUCUUCUGCUACCAGAACGAACCAGGAAACACUAGUGACGACCAGACGGACGAUGAGGACUUUGAGACUGCAGUUAAAGCGCUGAAUGGAAGACUGUACCCGGAUCCUCCUGAGAGAAAGGCUGCAAAUUCUGCAGCUCAGGCCGAGAUAGGUGCUGAGGGUCUGUACCCGGAGGUUGAGGUGGUGUUGGAGAAGAGGUCUACUCCAGAUGAGGAGCAGAAAGCCAAGCCGCUGCAGCUGCCUCCAACUUUUUCUUAUGUAGUCGGCAAGGCAGAGAAAGACAAGCCAGAGGACUUCAAGACAGAGGAUGCAGAGAGAAGCGCACACCCUGUUUCAUCUGAGGCUGUGUCCUCCAGCACCGGCGAUACAGUGCCAGAACAACAGUUCCCAGACCAGUCCCCCAGCAGCCAGGUACAGGUUCCAGAUCUGUCUGAGGCAGAGCUUCAGUCCUCUGCAGCAGAGGUGGAGUUCCCAGCUCAGUCAGUAACCAUCCAGGAGGCAGAGGUCCAGCAGACUCCAGAUCAGUCAGACUCCACUCCAACACGGUCUCAGACUGCGGUCUCCAGCAGCGGGGAGCAGGCUCAAACGUCAAACCCUUCAGCAAAACCUGUUGCUAGUGCCCCAGCUUUGGUGACUGCCUCAUUUGGAUUUGGUGCACAGUUUGUCAAAAAGCCAGGGCAGUGGGAGUGUGACGCAUGUCUUGUUAGAAAUGAGGAGUCUGCAAGCAGUUGUGUUUCUUGUCAAACUCCAAACCCUGCAGCUAGCAGUGGUAAGCAGGCUCCAGAUCAGUCAGACUCUACUCCUGCAGCUACCAGCAGCAGCCCUAUAGACCUGUCUACCAAGAAGACCUCGGAGCCGGACUCCACAUCGACAUUUACGACAACCAUUACUCAGGAUGCUCCAAACUCAUUUGGCUCCUUGGGCUUCAGUGAUCUGGGAGGGGAAGGGAUCUCCUUCGCUGAUCUGGCACAGAACACCGGGGGUGAAUUCGCCUUCGGAAAACAAGAUUCUAACUUCUCGUGGGCGAAUGCCGGGGCUACGUUGUUUGGAGCUGCAGCCCCACCCAAUGCUGAAGGAGGGGAGGAGAGGAGUCAUGAAGAGGACGCUAAUAAUGUGGAAAUUCACUUUGAUCCCAUAGUCACCCUACCAGAGGUGGAGACUAAGUCAGGGGAGGAGGAUGAGGAGAUCCUGUUUAAGGAGCGUACCAAGCUGUACCGCUGGGAGAGAGACCUGGGCCAGUGGAAGGAGAGGGGUGUGGGAGACAUCAAGAUCCUCUUCCACCCCGAUAAGAGGUUCUACCGGGUGCUGAUGAGGAGGGAGCAGGUGCUGAAGGUGUGUGCCAAUCACACCAUCUGCCAGAGCAUGGAGCUCAAACCCAUGAACACCUCUAACCAAGCCCUCGUCUGGACCGCUACCGACUUUGCAGAGGGUGAGGGUAAGGUGGAGCAGUUGGCAGCCAAGUUCAAAACAGCAGAGCUGGCUGAGUGUUUCAGGAAGACCUUCUGUGAGUGUCAGAGCCGUAUGAGCCCAUCAGAGGCCUCGGCCCUCUCCCCCCAGAUGUCCAGGGUCCAGGAACAUUCCAGAGACGCCAACCCCCAGGUGUACCUCUCCAUCUCCGCUGAUGACGAGCCGCUGGGAAUGGUCACCAUAGAACUGUUCUCUCACAUUGUCCCCAAGACGGCUGAGAACUUCAGAGCGCUGUGUACAGGACAGAAAGGCUUCGGGCUGCGCAACUCUGUCUUCCACAGGAUCGUACCGGACUUCAUGUGUCAGGGUGGCGACCUCACCAACCAGGACGGGACAGGAGGGAAGUCCAUCUACGGGAACAAGUUUGAGGAUGAGAACUUUGAUGUGCGCCACACGGGUCCGGGGCUGCUGUCCAUGGCCAACCAUGGCCGAGACACCAACAACUCCCAGUUCUUCAUCACAUUGAAGAAGGCUGAGCACCUGGACUUUAAACACGUGGCCUUUGGCUUCGUCAGAGAGGGCAUGGAUGUGGUCCGCAGAAUGGGAGAGCUGGGCACCAAAACUGGCAAACCCAGCAAGAAGAUUGUCAUCACCGAAUGUGGACAACUGUAGAGCUUGAGCUCUGGUCACUGACUGGACAACUCCACUGUAGGGCUGAAAAUGUAGUCACUGACUGGAUGGCAAUGGGCCUUCACUCUGGUCAUGGACUGGGGAGUUAUAGCAUUUCAAACUGAGCACAAUUAUAGUAGGCAGAUAUCAAAUGAUACCCUAUUCCCCAUAUAGUGCACUCCACUUGGGGCUCAGCUUAAAAAGAGGGCACUGGUAGCCCACUAUGGGGAGAAUAGGCUUUAAUUUAAGACCGGCCCAGUGUCUCCUCCUGAUGAGUGUUGCACUUUCUCCCUGCCGCAUCCUGAGGGCUGCAUGUCCCAGUGUGAAUCCCCAGACUCUUUGUGUGUGUAUAAUGUACAUGGACUAUAUUUUGUCUUUUUUUUUGUGCAUGUGUUCCAAUAAGAGUUGACAGCGCUGGUUCCUUCAUAAGCUCCCUAACCCAAUUUGUUUUGUGUAAUUGUCUUAAUUAAGAUUAUCGCGACCUUUUUUAAAAACCAACCAAUGUUCGUUUUGUACUGUGUUCCUCUUGCUGCCUGUGUAUACUUUUUUAGGUGUGUUUUUUUUUGUUGUGUGUAGGCUAUACAUUGAUUUCAUAAUGUGCAAAUUGAGACUCUACACCUGUCUUAAACUAAAAGGUAGGAAUAUGAAGUCUGACAAUUUGGGAGAGGUGACAUACAAAAUAUAUUUUAUGGUCGGGUCACAAUUGGGGUUAACAAUUCUUAUUGUCAAUAAAUAAAUACAAGAUGCUGGAGACUGUCUUUAAAAAUAAAGUUGCUUUAUAACUGAA